ACGGUGAUGUCGCUUCGUCUUUAACGAGCUUGACCCAGAUGCAGUAGAAGGAGGGGGACCAGAGGGGAGAAAACACGUCAGAAAAAAAACACUCACAAUAGUGUGGCAGGCGUCGGGACAGCGUUUUUACUAGCUGUCCAUUCCUUUUUGUUUCUGGGCUUGGUGGUUCGGUGACCUUCUACACAUGAGCAGUUAAAGCUCAGCCUCUGAUCUUGGCGUGACCUCUUCUUCCAAACCACACCCAUAGGUGAAGUGUGUAUGGAGCAGUGUGAGAGCGCAGCGGCUCUGCUGGAGUCGGUCAGAGAGCAGGAGGUGCAGUUUGAACAGCUGACCCGGGCGCUGGAGGAGGAGAGGAGGAGAGUGGGCCUCUCUGCCACCAGUCCCUCGGCCCUGGGUCGCCCACUCCCUCACACACAGAACGGGCGUUUAGGGGAUGCAGACAUAGAAAGACUGAAAUUGACUGACUCAUACAUAAACAGUACACAGUACAGGAUGGUGGACCCUGCACAUGGCGCUGUGGAUGACAGCUACACACCGGAGGAUGAUUCCCAGGAAGUACACUCUGUCUUUUCUGAAGAGGGAACCACGCGGCGACUAGACACUACUCUCCCUCAGAUGAAGAAGCCAAUCUCUCGCACUGUCUUGCCCUCUGACUCUAUGUCUAUUGACGGGGGCUUGUCUGUGUCUGGUAUGGGUGGUUAUAGCGCCACUCUCGACCGUCCUUACAGGCAGCCUGUUGCAGGAGACUACCCAACUGCCACAGUACCCAGAAACUACCACUAUGGCCCUGUAGGAGGUUAUGAGGACUACCGGGGAGGCCCGCCAUCAGAAGCAUACACUAGUCUGAGCAGAGGGUCACACAUGGAGGAACGCUACAGACCAGUUGAUGGCUAUAGGACUCUGGAUUCUGGCUACCGGGCCCCAAGCCGUCAACAGCUUGACCCCUAUGCAGCACAGCCCCAGGUGAGCCGCGGGAUGAGGGCUUUGGGCUCAGCAUUGGAGAUGCGUUAUGGCCACGGCCAUUACGGUGUAGAAGAUGACCAGCGCAGCGUGGGAUAUGAUGACUAUGGUAUGGGGCCUUCACCCAUGCAUCCUGGAGGCUAUGGUACAAUGCCACGUCUGGGGACCGGCCCUGGGGGGGUGGACAGACGUAGACUCAGAAGCUGUGAGGACACUCUUGAUGGCGACAUGGGAGGAGUCGAUCCUUAUACCUGGGGUGUUCCCAUGACGAUGGAGAGGGGCAGCAUGGCCUCUCUGGACAGCACACUGAGGAAGGGUCCUCCUACCUCAUGGAGACAGCCGGAUCUGCCGGAGGUUAUCGCCAUGUUAAACUACCGUCUGGAUCCUGUCAAGACCAACGCUGCCGCCUUCCUCCAGCACCUUACAUUCAAAAAUGACAAGAUCAAGUCAGACGUGCGUCGCAUGAAAGGUAUCCCAUCAUUGGUGUCAAUGCUGGACCACCCCAGCAAAGAUGUGCAUCACGCUGCCUGUGGAGCACUAAAGAACAUUUCAUAUGGGCGAGACCAAGACAACAAAAUCGCCAUCAAGAACUGUGAUGGAGUACCUGCUCUGGUCCGAUUACUGAGGAAAACACGUGACCAGGACCUCACUGACACUAUCACAGGCACCUUGUGGAAUCUCUCCUCCCACGACUCUGUAAAGAUGGAGAUUGUGGACCAUGCCCUGCACGCCUUAGCUGAUGAGGUGGUCGUUCCCCACUCAGGCUGGGAGCGAGGGAGCAACGGUGGAGAGGAGAGCUGUAAACCCCGCCAUCUGGAGUGGGAAACCGCCUUGACCAACACUGCUGGCUGCCUUAGGAAUGUGAGUUCAGAACGCAGUGAGGCCAGGCGGAAACUAAGAGAAUGCACAGGAUUGGUGGAUGCACUCAUGUACAUUGUCCAGUCACAGAUCAACCGCAAAGAUGUGGAUAAUAAGCUGGUGGAGAACUGUGUUUGCCUCCUGAGGAAUCUCUCCUAUCAGGUUCACCGUGAAGUCCCCGGCUGUGAACGUUACGCAGAGACUGUACCUGUCAAUCAGGGACCGGCCCCUGCAAGCAAAGGUGGCUGCUUUGGCUCUCGAAAGGGCAAAGAUGAGUGGUUUUCCAAAGGAAAGAAGGAUGGAGAUGAUGGAAGUGGAGAUCAGGUGGAUAUUCCAAAGAGGACAACACCAGCCAAAGGUUACGAGCUGUUGUUCCAACCAGAGGUGGUUCGUGUUUACACAUCGCUGCUCAGAGAGAGCAAGAAUCCCUCUGUGCUGGAAGCUGCUGCUGGUGCCGUCCAGAACCUGUGCGCUGGCCGAUGGACUUAUGGUCGAUAUAUCCGGGCCACUGUGCGUCUGGAGAAGGGUCUUCCCAUGAUGGCAGAACUGCUGGCUCAUGGUAACGACCGUGUGGUCAGAGCAAUGGCCGGAGCCUUGAGAAACCUCGCCAUUGACAACCGCAACCGCGAACUUCUCGGAUUGCAUGCAGUGCCUCAUCUUGUAGCCAACCUGCCUGGAGGCCAGAAUCAGUCUGGGCGUGCGCUGUCGGAGGAAACAGUGGUGUCAGUUCUGAGCACGCUCACUGAGGUGCUAGGCAACAGUCUGGAGGCAGCAAAGACACUCCGAGCCUCGCAAGGCAUUGAGAGGCUGGUGCUUAUUAACAAGGAUGGCAAACGUUCAGACCGCGAGGUGCGGGGGGCGGGCCAGGUCCUGCAACUGGUCUGGGCCCACAAGGAGCUCCGUAGACCGCUGGAGAAAGACGGCUGGAAGAAGACAGACUUCAUGGUCAACCUCAACCCCAGCAGCGGCACCACCAACGGCCCAAGCAACCGAGUGAAUGGCUCGUAUGAAGACAGCACCACACCACUGCUGGACAGAGGGGACAAGAGGGACAUGAUUCCACUAAAUGACCUUGGCCCUGAGGGCUAUUCUACACUGGACCAGAGGGAGAGGAGACACACCCUGGAUGACACCACAGACACUUUACCGCGAGGGUUGUACGGGGGCAGGAAGGGCUCCCUGCCUCUGUUGGACUCCUACGAUGGUUAGGCCUCCCCCACCCCUCUACUCCCCUCUGCAUGUAACAGCAUGAAAAACUGAUCGUGUGCAUCACUCAGACGGGGCUGUCGCUGCCCGACCACUGCUACUGAGGAGAGAAGAUCCACAUGCACAGUCUCUCUCCCUCCUCCCCCAACCCCUUCCCUUUCCUUUCCUUGUCGCCCCCCUCACUCCAUCGCUCUGUCACCACGCAGCUGGGACCAGAUGAUGAUGAGAGUCGGCAUCCAAAGAAAGUGGUUGUGUUGCAGCCAAAAUGUUUGAUGCAGCACAGAUUUACAUACCUGCAUAUACAAAAUUCUUUCAAGUGUAGCAACGAAAAUAUAUUCUGUUUUUAAAUUAUAGUUCUUCUGUAAAGGCAAUCACCUUUGUUGACAAUCAUUUAAUUCUGGUGUUGUCAUCCUGUUUGUUUUUAUGUGUUUUUUAUUUUUAUUUUUUAUUUCUUGCUUUCAUCUACAUUUUUGAUAAACUCUCAUCUCGGUCGACGCGUUGCUGCCAACACCCAUACCCUAACGAUGAAUUUGUACGUAGGCUUCUAUGUAGGCUGUAUAAUGUAUAUAAAAAGAAGAUGGGAUGCAUUAGUUUUGGAGCAUUAAUUUAAAUAAUCUCUUCACUGGGAUUGUUGGGAGGUUGUGACGUGGCCGCAGACGUCCUGUAGAUGGAGUGUUUAUAGAGGAGUUAUUUUCCUGUUAUAGAGUUAUUUUCUCUCAGUUGGGUUGAGCUCAGGCGCGGACUAGAAAUGGCAGGUGUGUGUAUAUUUGUCAUACAGUAAACCUGCGGCUGUGUGUAUGUGGAAAAAAUUAAUAUGGACCUUUUUGAAUGAGUGUAAUAUUGUGUGUGUGUGUGUGUGUGUGUGUGUGUGUGUGUGUGCGCGCAUGCACACGGACCAGACCCAUAAGACCACACGUUGAUUAUUUCAUGCGCUCAUUUUGUCUUUUUUUUUUUAAUGGUGUGAACUUCAAGUUUCUUUUUUAUGUUCUUGGUUUUAUGUACCAACUGCCUAUUUUUUGUGUUUGAUGCUUUUAUUCUGUUUGUUUCUGCCCCCGUGGAGGAAAUUAGCUGUGAGACUUUAACCAGAGCAUCACAUUAAACCUGUUUCUGAAGUAUAAAGCUGGGAACAAACACACACACACAACUCAUGCUUCAGAAACCGUUCCAUUCUGUUCCAUGAAAAGACUUAACACCACAUUUCAGGAAGGCCUCUCUGGACAAGCGCUCUUCCUCUUACAAUCUGAUUUGUCUACUUGCUCUCUUUUAUCUUCACUCAGCAGAGACUCCAUUUUAACUGACAGAAAAGGUGGUCAAAAGCACAGUUUGUCUGAUUCCCUUUUUUGUACCCUUUUUUUGUUCUGUCUGCUUUCGGUUUUAUUUCCAGGUUUUGUAUGUGAGAAAGCGGAGUUACACAAUUUGUUCCACUUUUGAGUCCCAGUUUUACUUCUGGUGUGUUUUAAAGGCAAAAGAGACCAAUCUUUGUUUUAUUUUUUACUCUCCAAACUCAUAGUAUAUUUGUACUGUUGCCUAUCCAUGUAAAAACUAAGAUGUACCAUUCAUACCUGCCUUGGCUCUAAAACUUGCUUUUUUCAGUUGAGUAUGUAACUGGUAAUCCUGUUGGGUUUUUUUUAUAAAUAAAGAUCUUUUCUUAGACGAGA